UGGUGGGCUUUUUUCUCGCUUGCUCGUCGCGUUUUUUCUUCUAUACCGUUCAUCAUUACCACACGCAUACCAUUGCAAAAGCAUCGCGGCCAAGUGUUUUUUUUUCUCGUGAGAAGGUGGUUCAAAGCGAAAGAGAGUAAACCGUGCGCGAGGUAGGAAGCAGAAUAAACGUCUCGGCUGUAGUGUAGGUAGUUAAGUGUGAGUGUGUUUGGUUUGUAUAAAACCAAACAAGAUUGAAUUCAAGUAAGCUUUGAUCGGUAAAAGAAGCUAGCUAGCAGCUAGCACUCUAGCAGUCAGCAGCAGCGGCGGAGCAGCGAGGAAACAAGAAGCCAGUCUCGGUGCGACCAAGUCACCAACUAGCAGCUCAGUGUCUUUUCAGACAGCAUCUGAAUAGCACGCGUUUUACUGUUUAGUGCGUGGAUUUUGCUUCUCGCCGGCCGGGAAUUUCUACCCGCCUUUUGAGAAUAGAAAAAAAGAAAAGGGAAAAAAGCUAAGCUGCUUUUUUUCGAAAUCGAAUAAGGAAGCAGUGAUUUCUUCUCUUGAUGGAAUUAACCUCCUUCGGUUUUGUACCAACAGUGGCAAAUGAAAGUCGGUUUACUCGGAGCAGUGUUUUAGUGGGAAGAUUUACAGAAGAAAUCUUCAUCUUGCAACACAGCACCAGUGGCAAAAACAGCAGCGAAGUUGGAGAAACUAACAGUUCUGGCUUACGUCUACUGUGUGACCUUGGUGUUUCGAUUUUGUAAUAAGUGAAAAAAAUAAAUGUCAAAAGUGCUAUAACAAUUAAACUGACAAACACAAAAGUGACCAAGUACCGGCCGCGCAAAACAAUACCAGACAAAGCAGAAAGGGCGGGCGCGCUUGGGGAUAUAAUUUGCAGCCUGAUCGUGCGAGGGUGUCAUGCCGGUAAGAAUACCUUCACAGCCUAUCAGUACUUGUUGUAGAGGAUCAUCAUCAAUAAUUGAGUUAUCUACACUGCGGCGAUUCGGGCAUCAGCGCACGAAGAUAAACAAUAGAUUGCUACAGAUACACUCUCGUCACAAAAAGCAGCAGCAGAAGCAGAAGCAGCCUUGUUUUGUGGUGAGGAGAACUCGAACAAAAGAUCGAACAAUACCGACUAACUGUACCGUAAUAGGGUCGUUCUGCUCAAUCGUUCCGUACGGUUCGAGCCAAAAGUGACUGUCGUCUGAGCGACCGCGAAAAAUUAAGUGUGUGAAAAAUAUUCGUAAACUUCGUAUUCGGGCGAAACAAUAGUACCGAGAGGAAGUGGAACACAGUGUUCAGCGAAUCCUGUUGUCGUUGGUCGUUCGUUUGUUGGUGGUUUGUGGUGAAAAACGAACCCCGCGAGUGCACUGUUGAUUCAGCCCGCGUAGCAUAGAUUGCAGGAGCAGCAGCAAACAGCAGCAGCAGAAGGAUAAGCAAGCUAUUGAUGCUGAGGCCUAGCAGCGGCUAUUGAUCAUCGUCAAGGAGAACACUAAACCAGUGUCUAAGAAAAAAACGCGUCUGCAAGCUCAGCAGACUAAUUAAGUGAUACAGAUUACAGACCGGAUUGUGAUAAAGUGAACCCAAAAGAAGUACACCCGCAAACGUAGAAGCGUGCUCUCUGCUAAGCAGCCGGGCAGCACUUAGCAUUUAAGUAAAAUAAAAAAAACACAAACGCUUAGCAGAUUUAAGUAAAUCAAGUUUUUAACUGAACGUAAAAAUGAUUUUGGCCAAGAAACCAGAGCCCUUCUGGGAUGAUUCGGUCGAUUUGGAGGGCGAAAUCGGUCUCGAUUUCAAACUGAUGGAUUUUCCGACGUUGGAAUUCCUAAACGUCGAAGCCUCAGAGCUUGAGCAGAGCUACAGCAACGGAUUCGGCUGGGAAGAGCAGCUGAUUUCCUCUAAGCAGCAGAUUCGGAACCACGACUGCAUGUGGUCCGGAUCGUGCGCCGACCAGAGCCACCCGGGAAAAAUGGGCGGCCGAAUGAACAACAAUAGUACAAAUAACACAGACAACGCUCAGGAGCAGUCGCCUGCGGUCGGAACGGGGAAUUUCAACACAGUCACAGCCGUUGCGGCUGCCAGUUUGAACAGUAAUGUCGCUGCUACGCAACAAAAGCCCAUCUUGACGAACAGCUCGGUUCUGAAUAUUAACAACAAUGUUACACAAAAAGUAGCUCCAUUCAAAGCUCAGACAGCGCAGAUUCCUGCGGGACGAUCACUACUGAUAAACCCCCGCAGCAAACCGCAACAGCAGCAAAUCAGUCGAGUUCCAACAAUUUCAACCACAGACUUCCUGCGGGAACGGGAAGGUCCGUUGGCACUGCAUACACGACCGGACACUCCGCUUAGUUUGGACGACGAUCCACCGGAGUUCAAGCAUAACAUUGAUCUGGCCACCUGUACGAUCGGUUCCAAUCAAUUUCGGCUGACCAAUCGAUGCAGCUCGCGUCCUUACGCUCAUCAUGGGCAUCAUAAUGACGAAGCGUCUUCGCACCGAAUCAUCAACAUGAUCAAGGAAGAACUAGAGGACAGUAGCGACAGCUUACACCUAACGCGUGCCUCUAGCGAAAUAGGCUCCCUUACCGACCUGCUGAACGAUCUGGAAGAGCUGAAGGAAGACGGCCAGGAUAGCGAAACCGAGUCCGAUGUCAACGGCAGCAGCAGUUGGUGUAGUGGUGAGGGAGGCGGAGGCGGCCGUAACGGUGGCGAUCUACUGCCCGGCGGCUACACCCAUGCUCACCAUCAGGAGAUGAGCCCCUCUUCGUCGUCCUCCUCGCCAGUAUCAUCCUCCGCGUACGAGUACCACCAGGGCACGCACGUCGGCGAUCACAGCUACACCAGACCGAAGAACCGCUACAGUUGUAGCGUAAACGAGCUCGGCGUCGAUACACCCUCCGAUUCCGAGGAAGAAAUCGACGUUGUCUCGAUAGGCGAGAAAAAUCUGCCGACGAAUCCGACGGCGCGUGAUCGUCGCGCCCUGCAGAAUCGGGUGGCGCACAAAAUUGCCCGCAAGCAACAGCAGCAGCAGCAGCAGGUUUCUGGUACGCAGCACCACCGGCGGCGGCACAGCGACGAUGACUUGGCAAACGAACAUCAUUCUAGCGGUGGCAGUUCGCACACCAGCAGUCCCAGCAAGUACGCCACUUCAUCCUACAUGUCACCGAACUAUUUGACGCCCGCCUCGUCGACGACAAUCUCUGGCACCAACACGCCCCUGCCCGGCCACUCGUCCAGUAUAGGUGGGAACUCGCGCAAGCGACCCAGCAAGGAGGAACACCGCUCGGGCAGCGGAAAAAGUCGGCACCAUCAUCAGCAUCGCAACAAAAAGCAACGCAUCCCCGGUAAGAAACCCAUUUCCGAUUCCUCCGAAGAGCUGGAAACCCUCGAGAAACGUAACCUUCACAAUGACAUGGAACGCCAGCGGCGGAUCGGUUUGAAGAAUCUGUUCGAAGAGCUUAAACGACAGAUCCCGACCCUGCGGGAAAAGGAGCGAGCUCCGAAGGUGAACAUUCUCCGGGAGGCGGCCAACCUCUGUCAGCGGCUCAAUCGCGAACAGGAACAGCUCAACGCACUGCGAAAACAGCAGCAGCGGUUAUACGCACGAGUGCGGCAACUGAGAACUUCACUGCAUUCGCAGCGGCGGUCGAUGGAGUAAAGAAAAAGUUCCCAAAGGACGGACGGUCGGACGGACGAACGGAUUUGAGGAGGACGUGUGGAAACAAAUGUGAUUUCAGAUUUAAGUGCGACAUGAUGCGACAACAUUCAACCCAGGUGCCAAUAAACACGCUACAGCCAGACUGAGACGAACGGAAUGAACGUGCGAGGGAGCGAAAGAGUAUAACGCAUAAAGUUAAAGCAAAAACGUACCGGUGAAGAACCAGUGAGUGAAAGAGCCAAGGCGUCGUCGUGUAUGCGUAAGCAAACUUCCCUAGAUAGAUUUAGCGAUUGAGUUCCGGCAUUUUCGGCAUACCGUCGAAAGCUGUCCAGUUUUUCAUCAUUUUACUUUGAUAAAAGCCAAUCUUUUCAUAUAAACCAUCAAAUCAAAAAGAGAAGCAUAAACAGAAGCAAAAUAACAGAACAGCAGAAGAUUAGCAGAAUCCUCGAGGACGCAAACGGCGGGGAUUCCGGGCAAGCGAGAUCCUGAAGAAGUUCAUUUCGAAACGUGUUUGUGCGCUCUCAAGCUUCUCAAGCAGCAAGUGAAGCGCUCCGAACUCCGAUAGUAUUUACUCUUCGCGUGCUAACGUAAGUACGUAGCUAACUUUUCAUCCCUUCCAUACACCCCUCACACGAACACCCUCCCUCACUGAGCUUCGUUGCUAUCAGAACGGAAAGUGAGGAAGAGCAAAAAAGAGUUGUCAGCACAAACACACACACACACUCACAAUCUCGAUCGAUUGGUAAAGAGAAAAACCAAAACAAUUGUCAAUGGCAUUUAUCGAAACUACUAUCCAGUGCAUUUAUCAAACUCUCGCUUGCCGCUUGUUACUGCACUUAAUCUUCUCUAGUUUGGUUUCCUCUUUUUUUUCGUUGUUUUUUUUUCAUUUUGAGUGUACUUUUUCUUGAUCAAAGUGAAUUUCCUAACUCUCAAGCUACACAGCAGUUAAAGUUGAUAUAUAAAAUAUGAUAUAAUAUAGUAAGCGAACGGUUAAAUGGCAAGCUUAUUGAUUUACUAGAGUUGAACUAUUAUUACUUUAUUAAUUGUAUAACUAUAGAUUUUGAACAUUUCUAUUGAAAAGUAAAAAAAAACACCGAAAACAAUGAAACGCUUUUAAAGCAAUUAACUAUAUAUUAUAGACAUUACACAAGAACUAUGAACGUUUCCUAGGAUUAGUUUGAAUAGUACUGUAUAUAGAAAACAAAUUUAGACGGUAGAUACCUACUAUAUAAUCUUAAAGGAAAAGUUUAAAAAGUGAACACAACAACAAGAGAUGGUGAAUUACGAUGAACACACAACAGCAGAGCCAUGAAAUACGCUGAUGAUACUUAACUUUGAACAUAAUGGGUAGAUGAUACCCAGAUUAUUUUUUCUUUACUCGUUUCUUGAGUUUCCCGCCAACCCCACCCGUCGUCAGAGAGGGCAGGGGGCCGGGAAAGCUUGACUUCCUAUUAUUGACCACCCGAUUUGCAUCUAAUGUUAAUAGGACAAGAUCUAUUAGCCCGCGCAAAAUGUUUCACUACUGUGUAUGGUUUUAUAUAGUUCUAAUUAAUUUUUUUUUUCGCUGCUAGAAUGAACUACUUUAAGGACAUUGUGAAAAGAGUUAAAUGAUGAAAUUGAAUUUUGUAAAUAUAGACUACCCUGGAACCGAUUUAUUUGUCAUCGUUAAUUAUUGUUUCUCACAUAGUUUUCUUUUUUUUUGACAUUGAUACUAGUGAUAGUGAUAGUAUAUAAUAAUUACUACAAACAAAUUGAUUGCAAAUUAUAUCUCGCCGAAGCGCAUUUGUCUACUGCUACUAUUACUAUACUACUAUAAGCUAGAGAACAAAUACAACUCUGUAAAUAUGACGAAGGUGAUUAAAGCAAGAAAAAAAGAAAGAAAACAUAACCAAUGCUAAGGAUUAUCUGUAAUCUUUAAUUUUUUUUCGAUUAAUUUGAGUUAAGUUUCAAUAUACAUACGUUGCAGUGAGCUGCAUAAUUGAUAUAAAAUAUUAAAAAAC